GUUAUAAAGAUGGCGACAACACAAGACACGUACUAGAGCUGCUGUCUUGCCUUCAACUAAAACAUAUAAUUUAGAUAACUGCAGGAAAUUUUCCAGCUAGUCUAGAUCUAGAUUCUCUCUAGAUCUAGAUCUAGAUCUAAAAUCGUUCUACAAACUGCUACGCUGCUCAUGAAACCGAAAUAACUGAACGGGAAAUCCCGGUAUUAUCUAAAGAGUUGACGUCACGUUCCAAGGGACAGAACUGUCGCUGUUCACAUUUAUCUAGCUGGAACUCAUCAAGAUGGCCGUAUCGAUUCCUAUAAAGAACCAAUUAGCACAACUAUUGAACAAUCUGACAGAGAUAAAUAGUUUGCUGAAAAAUAAUUUAAGUGACUUUGAUCAGCAGGUAAAACAAGCAACACUGGAAUGGUUUGACAAUCCCUCAGAUGCGAAAAUAGAUUUUAAAGAAGUGGUUUCUAUAGUAACAACAGUAAAUACUGCCCUACUUGAACUUAAACAAAUGAUUUCUGUUUCCUGCACCAAGUAUCAAGCAAUGGCUGCUGGAGAUAAGACAACACAAGAGAAUAAAAGUGUUGACUCUGUACACGAUGGAAAUUAUUCUGAUCUUCCUAUGUCAGCUGAUUUAAGUAACAAACUUGAGCAAAGAGUAGAACGUCUUGAAACAACGCUAUUGUCUCUGCAAAUUAGGAGUAAAAAAACUGAAGUUGACGUGACAGAUAUAAAACAAUGGAGGGACACAUAUAUAACAGAACAAAAUAAUAUGAAUGAAGAAAUAAAACAAUUGGCUCUAAAGGAAAAGCAUAAUUCCAAGCAAUUCAGACAGCAAAUAAAUGAACAAAAAAGUGUAACAGAUGAGAUAAAUCAAGAAAUUAAACAAUGGAGAAAAACACUUAUAUCCGAACAUAACAUUAUGGCGAAAAAACUUGAAGAACUAUCUCAGAAACAAAUAGAUUAUAAAGAAAAUAUCAAACAGCAAAUGAGAGAAGUCAAACACCGAAUAAAUGAGUUGAAUAAAGAAAUGGAGACCCUCAAAAAGAAAGAAUCAAACGCAUGUCAAUUAUUAGAAAACAUAAAUAAAGAUAUAAAAAAAAUGACAUUAUUUUGA